GUUAACCCACAGAGUUGAAAAAAAUCACAGCCUCCUAAAUGUAUUUGAAGUUUGUUAUUUCAUCACAAUUUUGGUCAGAAACAGUGCGGAACAUACCUUUUGAAAAUUAAUAAUAAAACACCCACGUAUUAAUACAGCGUGCAUAGGGGAAUGUACAUGCCAAAUUUCACAUUAUUUGGGUGAAGUCCAAAAUUUCACCAUACUGUGUGCACGGCCCAUGACGGGUGGCAGACACCCGACUCGAGAGACUUUUUUUUAAAUACGAUGUCCUCCAACCCAUUCUGUGCAGAGCAGAGAAAAGGAUUGGACGCGCCAACAAGAUUGAUUAAACAAUCAGAACGGCGUACUACUUCUAUAAAUGGCAGGUAUUCCAAGGCAAACUAAAGAUGACGUCGCUGUCCGAACUUCCGUCACGUGGUGUCCACAACGCUGCCCCGUGUGUUUCAAGCAGUGUAAAUCCCGCCAAGGUUAUCAGAGGCACGUGAGAACACAUCGCUCCGAUAAGGCAGUCGAAAUCUCCUGUCCACUGUGCCAGACCGUGUUUAAAAAGGAAAAAUAUUUGAAGCGACAUAACCUUCAAAACAAAUGUGCGGGUCGAGUUGUAAAAGAGUCUGAAGACACGUGCGAAAAGUGUGGGUCAACAUUUUCGAACAAGGAGCUACUCCAACAUCACAAGAUUUUCGAACGUUGCGGAAUUCGCAAAAUACAAAUGUUACACUACAGAAGGAAACCCGCUGGUUACAGUUUGCUCGAAGGGGAGGAAAGUGGGGACAAAAUCAUGGCGGAGUCUUCCCCACAUGAGGACAACAUCUGUCCGGUGGCCACGUGUCGACGAAGUUUUGAGCCUGGACGUAGAAAAAGUCGGAACUCACACAUUUUAGAAGCGCACGCCACCUGGGAUGGAAAAUGUGUCAUGUGUGAGCUAAAGCUGAACUCUCCGGACGACAUUAUUGGCCACAUGAAAGAAGAGCAUGGUCCACCGGACAAGUUUUAUGAGGAAAAUCUUGUCCGAGUUAAGACUGAAGUUAUCUUGGAAGAUGUUAAAAUCAAAGAAGAACCGGACUUGGAUUUCCUGAAAAAUAAUGAAAUUUCUGACAAUUUUCACGCCCAAAAUCCCAUUCCCGUUAAGACAGAAGUUGUCCAGGAAGAUGUCAAAAGUGGUUGCGAGUUGGGAUCACAAGUCAAAAUCAAACAAGAAGUCGUGCCCGAGACGGAGCUGGGUUUGUUGGAAAAUGAAAUUUCUGUCGACAAAAUUAAGCAAGAAAUUUGCGAUGUAAGAAAUGUGAAAUGUGAACCCGACCAAGUCUUGCAUUAUAAUUUAAGUAAUUAAUUCAUAUGUGUAAAAUGGUAAACGGACUUGCACCCAAUAAUAAAUUUUGUACCGUUUAAUUUUAA